UAAGCUGCAGUAAGAGCGACGCCCUCUUUCACCGAGGCGGAGUGAUUCAUCACACGAUGCAUAUACGAUCUGUACGCAUGGCGCCGUGUUUACGGCUAACACGGCAGACUGCAGACUGACCGAAGGAGACUGUGUGUGUGUGCGUACCUGUGAGUUAUUCCAUGUAACUGCGCGAACCGCUCACUUAUCUAUCGACCGAGGGCGUUAGAAAACCAAAGAAUUUGACCUCAACCGCAGCAAAAAGGUCAAAUAUUCAUUUUAGCCCGCUGGUAUGAAGGUGAAUUACCACAACAACGCGGUGCGUGUGUGCAUGAUGAGCGGCUGAGGAGGAGGAGGAGGAGGAGAAGAAGGAGGCUGCGGUCUGAAGCCAGAUUUUAUCCUGGAUAUUUCGAAACAAACGCCGUGCCGUUUACUUAACGGGGCACUGUACAAGUGGAAUAUGUUACUGUAUGCCCCAGUCCAUCUCGGUCCAUCCCAAUUUUAGGGGAGGUUUGACCCGUUUUCUGCCUCCUGAGGAUCCUCCAGCAACAGCAGCGGGACGGUGAACGGUUUUUCCUCCAGAUAUGGAGUGUGAAGAUGCGGAUUACAGAGGAAUCCCCGCCGCUAGUUUAGAUACAGUGGUCUUAUAUUCUCCAGUGCGGCGCUAUCCAAGAGAAGAAUAACUAUGAAUACAUAUUUUCUGACCUCGGGACUAAAUCGGUGAUAUCGCUCUCUAUAUAUGCUUUUUUAAUUUUAUUUUUUUUGGAGCACGACUGGACUCCCGUUAGGAAACGUGAGAGUGCAAUCCUGCUAGCCUGUUUGUAGUAGCUAUUAGCUCCAUUAGCCGGCUAACAGCUAAAAGGUGCUGGCUGGAGCUUAAAAGGCGUUUUGAUAACUCUGACUGGGUUUUCCCCACGUUUCCUUCCCACAGCAUAUUUAUUUACUGGAUUUAAAGUGUGAUUCACUCAUUCGGGGAUGAGGUCUCGAAAGGAAAGGAGCCGCUUGACCUUGUUUUGGGGUCUGAUGCUGGGUCUUUCGUCCUGCCUACGGCCCGCCACCGCAGAAAUCUGUGGACCCAACAUUGAUAUUGGCAAUGACAUCACUGAAUUCAGGCGUCUGGAGAACUGCACAGUGGUGGAGGGCUACUUGCAGAUCCUCCUCAUUGGUGACAAAAACAACAACAUCAACAACCAGGAAGUCUUCCGCUCCCUCAGCUUCCCCAAGCUGACCAUGAUCACAGACUACCUGCUGCUAUUCCGGGUAUCCGGCCUGGACAGUCUUAGCACGCUCUUUCCCAACCUCACUGUCAUUCAUGGUCGUAACCUCUUCUACAACUACGCCCUGGUGAUUUUUGAGAUGACCAGCCUGAAGGACAUCGGCCUGUACAACCUGAGGAACAUCACCCGUGGAGCCAUCCGUAUUGAGAAAAACCCUGAGCUCUGUUACCUGGACUCCAUCGACUGGUCCCUCAUCAUGGAUGCAGAAUUCAACAAUUACAUUGCUGGAAACAAGCAGUCGAAGGAGUGCAGUGAUGUUUGCCCAGGUAUCAUGGAGAACAACCCCCAGUGCAGCAAGACCAUGUUCAACAACAAUUAUAACUACCGUUGCUGGAACUCCAAUCAUUGCCAAAAAGUGGGGUGCCCAGAGAAGUGUGCACUGCGAGCGUGCACAGCAGACGGCGAGUGCUGCCACCCUCAGUGUCUGGGCAGCUGCACAGUCCCCGAUAGUGACACAGCAUGUACUGCAUGUGUGCAUUACUAUUACCAAGGCCGCUGCAUGGCUGACUGCCCCCCAGGCACCUACAAGUUCGAGGGCUGGAGCUGCAUCAGUGCCGAGCUUUGCUCCAAAGCCCAAUUUACCGACCUUGACAGAUACGUUAUCCAUGGAGGAGAGUGCAUGCCUGAAUGUCCAUCUGGGUACACACGUGCUGCACCAAACAGUAUGUUUUGCACAGCUUGUGAUGGUCUGUGUGAUAAAGUAUGUGAUGGGAAGGUCAUCGACUCCAUGACUGCUGCUCAGUCUCUCAAAGGCUGCACUGUUAUCAAAGGCCACCUGCAAAUCAACAUCCGCAGAGGCCAUAACAUGGUGGCAGAGCUGGAAAGUUUCACAGGUCUGAUCCAAAGGGUGACUGGUUACGUACGGAUCAUACACUCGCACACACUGAGCUCCCUUGCAUUCCUUCGGAGCCUGAGAUACAUCGAUGGAGAAAACCUCCAUGAAGACAUGUAUGCCUUCUCUGCAUUCGACAACCAACAGUUACAGUAUCUUUGGGACUGGAAGCAGCACAAUCUGACCAUCAAAACAGGAAAGCUGUUCUUCAGAGCCAACCCUAAGCUGUGCAUGUCCGAGAUCCGCAAAAUGUGGAACAAAACAGGCAUCCAGGCCCGCUUUGAUGAGAGUGAUUUCCGAAACAACGGCGACAGAGCCAGCUGUGAAAGCACUAUUCUGAAAUUUAAGUCUAACAGCACCAGCAGCACAAGGAUCAAGCUGACAUGGCAGCGCUACCGGCCCCCUGACUACAGAGACCUCAUCAGCUUCAUUGUCUACUACAAGGAAGCGCCCUACCAGAACAUCACAGAGUUUGAGGGACAGGAUGGCUGUGGCUCCAACAGCUGGAAUAUGGUGGAUGUGGAGCUGAGGCCUGACAAGGAGUCAGAUCCUGGAGUUCUUCUGUCCAACCUGAAGCCGUGGACACAAUAUGCUAUCUUUGUUAAAGCUAUCACACUCACAGUGGAGGAUAGACACAUGCCAGGAGCCAAGAGCAAGGUGGUCUACAUCCGCACCAGCCCCUCAGCACCCUCCAUGCCUCAGGAUGUGCGAGCGUACUCCAACUCAUCCACUCAACUGGUGGUACGCUGGUCGCCCCCUGUCUCAGCGAAUGGCAACCAGACGUACUACUUGGUAAGAUGGCAGCAGCAAGCGGAAGACCGAGAGCUCUAUCAGCACAAUUAUUGCUCCAAAGAGUUGAAGAUUCCCAUUAGGAUCGCUGCCAUAGGGGUGGGAGACCAGGAAGAGGAGACAAAGCCGACUAAACUAAAUCCAGAUGGGGCAGGUAAAGGCUGUUGUCCCUGCCCCAAAUCAGUGGAAGACCUGGAGGCUGAAGCUGCUGACGCCUCUUACCGAAAAGUCUUUGAAAACUUCCUGCACAACUCCAUUUUCACACCAAGGCCAGCAGAUCGUCGCCGCAGAGAUCUGUUUGGCAUCGCCAACUCUACUCACUCCCGCCGCAACCACCUGCACGGCAACAGUAGCACUGCCCCUCCUCUUCAAGCCGCUGGCAACAGCAGCACCCCCGAACAGGAUCCGGCAGACCAAGAAUUUGAAUUCAUUGAGCAAUCAGUGACAGAACGUGAGCUGCAGAUCUCUGGCUUGCAGCCUUUUACGGUUUACCGCAUCGAUGUUCAUGCGUGCAAUCGACAGGUCGUACGUUGCAGUGCAGCGGAGUUUGUCUUCUCCAGAACCAAGCCUGCAGAAAAAGCCGAUGACAUCCCGGGUCCAGUGACCUGGGAAGGCCACGAGGACUGGGUGUUUCUGCGUUGGCCGACGCCGCCUCGUCCCAACGGACUUAUCCUCAUGUAUGAGAUCAAGUUUAAACUGGGUGCUGAGACUGAGAAGCAUGAAUGUGUAUCUGGUCAAAUGUAUCGGGCCCAGCGUGGCGUUCGGCUGUCCAACCUCAGUCCAGGAAACUACUCAGUCAGAGUGAGAGCCACGUCUCUGGCUGGCAAUGGCUCCUGGACACAAACUGUGGAUCUCUAUGUGGCUGAACGAUAUGAAAAUAUCUUCUACGCCAUGAUCUUCGUUCCCAUCUCCAUCAUCAUCUUCAUCUGCCUUCUGAUUGGAGUGAUGGUUGUCCUCAACAGGAAAAGGAACAGUGAUCGGCUCGGAAAUGGAGUUCUGUACGCGUCAGUGAACCCAGAGUACUUCAGCGCAGCAGAAAUGUAUGUACCAGAUGAGUGGGAAGUGGCACGGGAGAAGAUCACCUUGAGCCGGGAGCUUGGCCAAGGGUCAUUCGGCAUGGUGUACGAAGGCAUAGCCAAAGGUGUGGUCAAAGACGAACCAGAGACGCGUGUUGCCAUUAAGACUGUUAAUGAGUCGGCCAGCAUGAGAGAGCGGAUUGAGUUCCUCAAUGAAGCCUCCGUCAUGAAGGAGUUCAAUUGUCAUCAUGUGGUUCGUCUCCUGGGAGUGGUCUCUCAGGGCCAGCCCACGCUGGUUAUCAUGGAACUGAUGACCCGAGGAGAUCUAAAAAGUUACUUGCGCUCCUUGCGACCUAAAGAGCAACAGUGGUCCAGCCUCUCUCUCCCUCCUCUGAAGAAGAUGCUUCAGAUGGCAGGACAGAUUGCUGAUGGCAUGGCUUACCUCAACGCCAACAAGUUUGUCCACCGAGAUCUGGCAGCCAGGAACUGCAUGGUAGCCGAGGACUUUACUGUUAAGAUCGGAGAUUUUGGCAUGACCAGAGACAUCUAUGAGACAGAUUACUACCGCAAAGGUGGUAAAGGUUUGCUCCCCGUACGUUGGAUGUCACCCGAGUCCCUGAAAGAUGGAGUCUUUACCACCAACUCGGAUGUCUGGUCAUUUGGGGUUGUGCUGUGGGAGAUUGCCACUCUGGCAGAACAGCCCUACCAAGGUCUCUCUAAUGAACAAGUUCUCCGUUUUGUCAUGGAGGGGGGGCUUCUGGAGAAACCUCAGAACUGUCCCGAUAUGCUGUUUGAGCUGAUGCGAAUGUGUUGGCAGUACAAUCCUAAGAUGCGUCCAUCCUUUGUUGAGAUCAUCAGCAGCAUAAAGGAUGAGCUGGACCCGUGUUUCAGGGAUGUCAGUUUCUUCUACAGCGCCGAUAACAAGCCCCCCGAUGCGCCGCAGCUCCACCUGGAAAAGUUGGAAGAUGUACUCAUGGAAGAUGUUCCUCUGGACGUUCCGUCAUCCACACAACUGCAGCAGACUCCAGCUCCCCAACAGACGCCCCCUUCCCCAAGCUCAGAAGCACCACCUGGCCCAUCGCUAGCUCCCAGCUCACCUUCCUCUCCCUGCACGUCGAGAGCUGCCAUGGACAAGCACCCCUCCGGCCAGCAAGCAGCUAAUGGGCUGUCGGGGGCGGGGCACGCAGGGGGGUCGGGGCUCGGGACAGGCUCGAGCGUCACAAUGCGGCCGUCUCUGGACGAUCUGCCACCAUACGCGCACAUGAAUGGAGGACGCAAAAAUGAGCGUGCCAUGCCUCUCCCGCAGUCCUCUGCCUGCUGAUUGGACAACCCACCAGACUGCAAACCUUCCAUCUGCUGGACAUCUCAGUGGAUGGAAUUAAAAAAAAUUUGUUGUUGUUGUUUUGGGGAAUUUUUUUUUGUUUGUUUUUUUAAAUCAAAUACAGCAAACCGCGUGGUCCACUAGCUGGAUGUGACCAUUCAGUGAGACUUACAGGAAGACGGAGCAAACAUGUUCUUCUUUUUCUGUUUUUCCUUUUCAUAAAGUUUUGGUUUCUACCAGCUGGCUGUCCAACGUGACACUGCCCUCGAGUGGGAAGAUCAAAAACACUACAAAUAAGAAAAAUAUCAAUAAUUUGUGAGAGCUCUUUCUCUCUCUUUAUGGCUGAACUUAUUUUAUAAUCCAUCAUUUGUUACUUUUUUAUAUGUAUUUACAAAUGGGAGAAGAAAAAUCUAUAGGCCUUUAUAUAAAACGAGCGGCGUUUUGUUUGCUUUUGAACGGGCAUUAUGGUGAAAACGUUAAGCAUAUCUAAUGAAGAAGAAACUCUUAAGAGUGACUGGCAUGUCUCGUCGGUCGUUCAGUAGUGUGGUUGCUCUGCAGGCUGAGUGUCAGCGUAAUGCCGGAUCAACAGCCAACUCGCUGAAACAAACAACCAGAGGGGGAAAGGUCAACUCUGCCAAAUUUAUUGCCAAAUUUAUACUGUUUGUCAGAUUCUCUCUUCUGCAGUUUUGCCCUGUAAUUCUCCAACACACUCCAUUGAAAAUUAAAGCAAAACAAAUCUGCUACUGCACUAUUUUGAAAUAAAAGGGAUAUUACCUUCCCUCUACAGUGCUACACUACACUAAAUCUGACAUUAUAGACUUUGAAAUUAUCUGAAAUUGAGCCACAUCUUUUCACAAAGUGCUGUACCAUUACGGUUAAACCGCCAAAUACAGUCCAUAAAGAAGCAAAAAAAAAAA